UCAGAUACAACCCUUACCCUACACGUCGGCGACGACCUCCGUCUGCAAUCCUUUAACGGAAGCGACCUCGACGUGCUGCACCAGCGUGUACAGCUUCUCGGACGCCUCCUCGUCCUCGUUGCGCUUCCGCGACAGCCGCACGCGCACGCGGUAGGGCACGUUCCGGACGCCCUUCGACCAGACGUGCUUGUUGAGUUUCGCGUCAAUUCUCACAUCAGACGUCUUCAUGGCCUUCUCGGCGAAUUUUUUGAUCUCGCGGAUGGCCCGCGGCGCCUUCCGCUUGAAGGUGAUGCCGUGGAGGCGCUUGUGGAGGUUGAUCGUGUAGUCGCGCGUCACGAGGUCGGGGGCUUUGCUUUGGCCCUUGACCAUGGUUUAUAAAGCGGAGGCGUCCGCGGCGAUUCCACUCCUAGCCUGCGGGGGGCGGUGAGCGUCUCGUGUGUGUCCGCCGCCGUUCGAGGCGUCUCGGUGAGCGUCUCGUGUGCGGGCAUCUCAUCGAGGGUCCCGCUGCCGUUCGCAGGUCUCGCGCGUGCGUCUCGUGUGUGUCGAUUGGGUUCCAGCCCUCCCGCGGCGGCCGAGCGCCUCGCCGGGCCUCGCCGGCGCCCGCGGCGGUGCCUCAGAGCUCCCCGCAGCGCGCUGACAGGCCUGAGCCCUCGCUGGUUCCGCGGCAGUGCCUUGCAAAAACGUCCGCAGCGCGCUGACAGCGUCUCGCGUGCUCCAGGCCUCUAUGCAAGCUAAGCAGCCGAGGCGCUGAUAAUCGGCGAGGACCGUAAGAGUGAGCAAACCAGCGCUCCGUGACAGCCUCGGGUGACGUAUAGAGCUCCGGCAAGGCGGUUUGGGACUCUGAAAUGCACGCUAUAGGCCUAAAAGCUGAGCGUCGCUGUCUAGGCG